AUGGAUCUCGACCCGUUCUAUCCGAUCGUUGACAGUUCAAACUGGAUUGACCGACUUGUGCCGCUUGGCAUCAAACUCGUCCAAUUGCGCAUCAAGGAUGCGUCGGAAGAAACACUGCGGCGGGAGAUUGCAACGUCUCAGGCAACUUGCCGGAAGUAUGGUUGUCAGCUCAUCGUCAACGAUCACUGGCGCCUGGCGGUCGAUCUUGGCUGCGACUAUGUUCACCUCGGGCAGGAAGAUCUCGCAGAUGCAGAUCUGGCUUCAAUUCGGCGCGCUGGGUUGAGACUGGGCGUGUCGACCCAUGACGGUGCGGAACUCGAUGCCGCGCUUUCUGUCAAACCCGACUAUGUGGCGCUGGGCCCGGUGUUUCCCACGAGUUCCAAGACGCUCAGCUGGAAACCUCAGGGGCUCGAAAAAAUCGAAGGCUGGAAACGGAAAAUCGGCGACUUGCCGCUGGUCGCGAUCGGCGGUAUCACGCUUGAGCGGAGCAGGGAUGUUCUGCAAAGCGGUGCAAACAGCGUCGCGAUCAUCAGCGAUGUCACGAAAAAUUCCACUCCGGAUCAACGCACACUUGACUGGAUCGCGGAAACGCAAGACUGGCGUUAG